UUCUUCCAUUGUUAAUUCUUCCAGAUAUAUAAAUGGCUUCUUGCUAUUGCAAGAUCUCGCUUCUCUUCGUCUCCCUCGUGGUGGCUUCAUCGAUACUGGCAGCCCCAUGGGCCGAGUCCCAGCAGCCACCUGGGGAUCCUGUAGGUGUAAGCACCUAUGGUCUCAUUACUGGGGUCUUAUAUUGCAGUCCCAACGGCAAUGUCAAUGGUAGUUCGACCCCUGUUUUCCCAAAUGCAUCAGUGCAGUUGCAGUGCGGGGUGAUGGCGAUUGCAGCUUCAGUAACAAACCGAUCAGGAGCAUUUUUGAUGAUGUUGGAUCCCAUGCAGUUCCAACUAAUGGAUCCGAUUAGCAACUGUCGUCUGAUAACUAUCACACCGUUAUCCAGUUGCAAUGCCAAUCUGCCCUCCAAUGGCUUGCUCGUCUCGACCUUGCACUCCUAUGGGGGUAUCAUGGUCUCUGACUCCGUCAGUGUCACCCACUUCAUUCCGGUGGGGUUCUCCCUCGUUUCGUCUAGUUAAUGAAGUUGGUCCACAUGUUACGUACUAUAUAUUAUCAUCUGCAUGUAUAUGUAGGGGCUAAAUAAGCUUGGCUGAGAAGCAGAGUGCGGAUAUGAUAUAUCCGUAGCUAUGUAUGUGAAGGUCUGUCUUCAUGCUGUGUUCAGUCUUUCGGGUUGGGUUGAUG